AUGGAGCCAGGUACUGGGACCAAUAGAACAACUCUUACUGAGUUCAUCUUGCUGGGCCUAGUGGAAUCAGAAAAGCUGCAGUCUGUGGUCUUUGUCCUCUUUUUCUUUGCCUACAUGGUCACAGUCGGGGGCAACCUCAGCAUCCUGGCAGCCAUUUUGAUGGAACCCAAACUCCACACCCCUAUGUACUUCUUCCUGGGGAACCUGUCAGUGCUGGAUGUUGUCUGCAUCACAGUCACUGUUCCUCCAAUGUUGCAUCGUCUCCUGUCCCACAAGCGUACAAUUUCUUAUUAUGCCUGCCUUUCCCAACUAUUCUUCUUCCACCUUCUGGCUGGGAUGGACUGCUUCCUAUUGACAGCCAUGGCUUAUGACCGCUUCCUGGCCAUCUGCCGGCCUCUUACCUACAGCAUCCGCAUGAGCCAGGAAGUUCAGAGGGUAUUGGUGGGUGUG